AAGUUGCCGAGCCGCGGUCAUCUCCAAGCCCAGCCUUUCCUUUCCUUUUCCUCCCUCCUCCAGCAUCCCCCUGCGUUUCUCUUCAUGCGAGCCCCCCCUCCCCAAAUGUGGUUUCUCCUCUUGCAUCCCUCCCGUGUGCGUUUGAUUGACAGCUAAAAGAUCGUCAACUGCAUCCUGUAUUUGUUUUUUGAAGCAACAUUUAUCGUCUGUCUCUUCGGGGGGAUUGGCCCCCACCUCUCUCUUUCCCUGGAAGCUGAGAAGCGUCCUCAUCCGUUCCCUCCCUCCCCCGUUCCCCUUGAGUUGUAGCCCAACGUUGGAGCGUUCAAGUGUCGCCUCCGUCGAAGACUCGGCAGCAUGUUGGAUCCGUCUUCCAGCGAGGAGGAAGGGGAUGAGACCCUGGAGGUGGAGCGCAAAGAGGUGGCGGCGCUCCCGAGAAGCGUCCAAGGAGCGCGGCGGCGGCGGCCGUCACCGAGCCCAGACAGCGACGGCCACAGCGGCUCGGGGGGGCUCCAGCCACGGGGCCGAGCCAGCAGCGCUGGCCGCCGAGCCUCCAGCCCCAGUCCGUCGGUGGGAAGCGACAAGGAGAAGGAGGAUAUUGAGAAGAUGCAGAGGGAGGAAGAGGAGAGAAAAAAGAGACUCCAGCUCUAUGUGUUUGUCAUGCGCUGCAUCGCAUAUCCCUUUAACGCAAAGCAACCCACUGACAUGGCCAGAAGGCAGCAGAAGAUCAAUAAGCAGCAGCUGCAGACAGUCAAAGAGCGUUUUCAGGCCUUCCUCAAUGGAGAAACACAGAUUGUCGCUGAUGAGGCCUUCAUCAAUGCCGUCCAGAGCUACUAUGAGGUGUUUCUCAAAAGCGACCGAGUGUCUCGAAUGGUACAAAGCGGCGGCUGCUCAGCCAGCGACUCUCGUGAGGUUUUUAAAAAGCACAUUGAGAAACGUGUGCGCAGCUUGCCAGAAAUUGACGGCUUGAGCAAAGAGACUGUUCUCAGCUCAUGGAUCGCUAAGUUUGACACCAUUUACCGUGGGGAGGAGGACCCCAGGAAACACCAACAGAGAAUGACCGCCAGCGCUGCCUCGGAACUGAUCCUCAGCAAAGACCAGCUCUAUGAGAUGUUUCAACAGAUUUUAGGGAUCAAGAAGUUUGAGCACCAACUUCUAUACAAUGCCUGCCAGCUGGACAACCCAGAUGAGCAGGCAGCCCAAAUCAGAAGAGAGCUGGAUGGACGAUUACAAAUGGCAGAUCAGAUAACUCGCCUGGGCGGAAGAUUCCCCCGCUUCGCCUCGAGGGACAUGGAGGCCAUGUUCGUCGAAGAACUGCGCUCAUCGGUCAACCUGCUAAUGGCCAACCUGGAGAGCAUGCCCGUGUCUAAAGGUGGAGAAUUUAAACUGCAGAAACUCAAACGAGGUCACAACACAUCAAUCAUGGACAUGGGGCAGGAGGAUGAGAACAACCUUUCAAAAUCAGACGUGGUGCUGUCGUUUACCUUGGAGGUGGUCAUCAUGGAGGUGCAGGGUCUUAAGUCUUUGGCUCCAAACAGAAUCGUGUACUGCACCAUGGAGGUCGAGGGAGGGCACAAACUGCAGACGGACCAGGCUGAGGCAUCGAAACCCACUUGGGGCACCCAGGGGGAUUUCACAACGACGCAGCCCUUACCUGCUGUCAAAGUGAAGCUCUUCACCGAAAGCACCGGAGUGUUGGCCCUGGAGGACAAGGAGCUCGGAAGGGUUGUGCUCCAUCCAACUCCUAACAGUCCCAAGCAGUCCGAGAUGCACAAAAUGUCCGUUUCGAAAGGAUGCCCGGACAGUGACCUGAAGAUCCGAUUGGCUAUUCGCAUGGAUAAACCCCAGAACAUGAAGCAUUGCGGGUAUUUAUGGGCCAUUGGCAAAAAUGUAUGGAAAAGAUGGAAGAAACGAUUCUUUGUUCUAGUUCAGGUGAGUCAGUACACGUUUGCCAUGUGCAGCUACAGAGAAAAAAAAGCCGAGCCGGUGGAGCUGCUCCAAUUGGACGGCUAUACUGUGGACUACACGGACCCCCAGCCAGGCCUGGACGGCGGUCGGACAUUCUUUAACGCCGUGAAAGAGGGCGACACCGUCAUAUUUGCCAGUGAUGACGAGCAGGACCGGAUUCUAUGGGUACAGGCCAUGUACCGGGCCACCGGCCAGUCCCACAAGCCGGUUCCUCCGACCCAAGUCCAGAAACUAAACUCUCGAGGGGGGACAGCUCCACAGCUUGACGCGCCCAUAUCUCAGUUCUAUGCGGACCGAGCCCAGAAGCACGGCAUGGAUGAGUUCAUUUCGGCCAAUCCCUGUAACUUUGACCACGCGUCGCUCUUUGAACUGGUCCAGCGCCUGACUUUGGAUCACAGACUGAAUGACUCCUACUCGUGUCUGGGCUGGUUCAGUCCCGGUCAGGUAUUUGUCUUGGACGAAUACUGCGCGCGCUACGGAGUUCGAGGCUGUCAUCGCCACCUGUGUUAUCUGGGCGAUCUACUGGAGAGGGCGGAGAAUGGCGCCAUGAUUGACCCCACCCUUCUACACUACAGCUUUGCCUUCUGCGCUUCCCAUGUCCACGGAAAUAGACCGGAUGGAAUUGGUACUGUAACUGUGGAGGAAAAGGAGCGUUUUGAGGAGAUUAAAGAAAGGCUUCGAGUGCUAUUGGAGAACCAGAUUACACAUUUCAGGUAUUGCUUUCCGUUUGGACGACCAGAGGGUGCGUUGAAAGCAACUCUAUCUUUGCUCGAAAGGGUUUUAAUGAAAGAUGUUGUCACCCCGGUUCCACAAGAAGAAGUGAAAGUUGUGAUCCGUAAGUGUCUGGAGCAAGCGGCUCUGGUCAAUUACCAGCGCCUGGCAGAGUACGCCAAAGUGGAAGGGAAAAAGAGAGAGAUGUAUGAGCAUCCCGUCUUCUGCUUGGCGUCUCAAGUGAUGGAUUUAACCAUUCAGAAUGUUGGCCGACUAGUCACUCCUGCCAAAAAACUGGAGGACACCAUUCGCUUGGCUGAGCUCGUAAUCGAGGUGCUGCAGCAGAAUGAGGAGCAUCAUGCUGAGGCCUUUGCGUGGUGGUCAGACCUGAUGGUGGAGCACGCCGAGACCUUCCUGUGUCUCUACUCGACUGACAUGGACGCAGCUCUUGAGGUGCAGCCGCCUGACAGCUGGGACAGUUUCCCCCUCUUCCAACUACUCAACGACUUCCUGAGGAUGGACUAUAACCUUUGCAAUGGAAGGUUUCACAAACACCUGCAAGACCUUUAUGCCCCCCUGGUGGUGCGCUACGUGGACCUGAUGGAGUCCUCCAUUGCUCAGUCCAUUCACAGAGGCUUUGAAAGGGAGUCUUGGGAACCUGUCAAGAGCAUAGCUUGCACUCUGCCAAAUGUCAAUCUUCCAAUGUCCAAAGUAGCAAAUCUAACAGUGGCACAAAUGCCCAGCUUUUCUCCACCCAACUGGAUGACUUCAAAUGAUGACUGCGACAAUGGCUCAGGAACGUCAGAGGAUCUCUUUUGGAAGUUGGAUGCUCUGCAGACCUUCAUCCGAGAUCUCCAUUGGCCAGAGGAAGAGUUUGGCAAACACCUGGAAACCAGACUGAAACUCAUGUCCAGUGAUAUGAUUGAAUCCUGCAUAAAAAGAACGCGCGCAGCGUUCGAGGCCAAGCUUCAGAGGAGCAGCCGGGCCACAGACUUCCGAGUGCCACAGUCAAUCUGCACCAUGUUUAAUGUCAUGGUGGAUGCCAAGGCCCAGUCUGCCAAGCUGUGUGCUAUGGAUCUGGAUCAAGAGUUUCUUCGAGACUGGAGACAAUACCAUUCCCAAAUUGACAAUCUGAUUGAGGAAACGGUGAAGGAGAUGAUAACCCUGCUGGUAGCAAAGUUUGUGGUUAUCCUGGAAAGUGUCUUGGCAAAACUCUCCAGAUAUGAUGAAGGAACGCUCUUCUCUUCUUUCCUGUCUUUCACAGUGAAAGCUGCCUCCAAAUAUGUGGACGUACCCAAGCCAGGAAUGGACGUGGCUGACGGUUAUGUGACCUUUGUUCGACACUCCCAGGACAUGCUGCGGGAGAAAGUCAAUGAGGAAGUGUACAUUGAAAGAUUGUUUGAUCAAUGGUACACCAGCACAAUGAACCUCAUCGGAACGUGGCUGACGGACCGCAUGGACCUUCAACUGCAUGUCUAUCAGUUGAAGAUUCUCAUCAGGAUUGUUAAGAAAAAGUACCGUGACUUCCGCCUUCAAGGGGUUCUGGACUCCACGUUAAACACUAAGAUGUAUGAAAGUGUUCGAAAUCGGCUGACCUUAGAAGAGGCCACGGCUUCGGUGAGAGAAGGAGGCAUGCAAGGCAUUUCCAUGAAGGACAGCGACGAAGAGAGCAGCGAUCACUAAACGGAGACGACGACAAGAAUGUCAAAAGGGUGGGUCCAGGAGCAAUAUGCUGCCAAAGGACACACACGGCCUUCCUGAGGUCAAACGCACUGGCCCGACUUUUUCUUCUUUCUUCAUGUUUGUCACAAUGGACACAAUGCAUCUUCUACUUCUUCAAGUCCUUGCGUAGGCUUAAGGUUGAAUUCACCACAACAAGCAAAAUAUUCGUCUUCUACUUCUUCAAGUCCUAAGGUCGAAUUCA